AUGAGGUUAGAGGAGGAGCGGAGGAGGUUAGAGGAGGAGCAGAGGUGGUUAGAGGAGGAGCAGAGGUGGUUAGAGGAGGAGCAGAGGUGGUUAGAGGAGGAGCAGAUGAGGUUAGAGGAGGAGCAGAGGAGGUUAGAGGAGGUUAGAGGAGGAGCAGAGCAGGUUAGAGGAGGAGCAGAGCAGAUGAGGUUAGAGGAGGAGCGGAGGAGGUUAGAGGAGGAGCAGAGGUGGUUAGAGGAGGAGCAGAGGUGGUUAGAGGAGGAGCAGAGGUGGUUAGAGGAGGAGCAGAGGUGGUUAGAGGAGCAGCAGAGGUGGUUAGAGGAGCAGCAGAGAGGUUAG